CCCGCCCGCCCGCCCGCCCGCGGUCCGUUUCCUAGUAUUGCCCGUUCGCUCACUUGACUCCCAGACCGUGACACUCACCACAUGAGCGUCCUCGCUGGGCCGGCCGACCCCAGGUUCCGUCCCGUUCAAUACUGCACCUGGUCCUUCCAUAGCUUCGGUCCACACGUUUUGGCGGCGAGCUUAUCUCUCGUCGGAAAAUUCGGUCAAGCUGCGUCUGCUAGCAUCCUCUCCAAUCGAUAGAUAUUGCAGUUCCCAGUCCAGCCAGCCCCAGCCCGCGCCCGACCGCGUCCCAGCGUGCUAUCAAGACCUAAGACUGAGUCAUGGGUGCCGCAUCGUCUCCGGCUAGAGCGGGGGCCUCGUCGCCGGGAGCGGCCGCAUCGUCGCCGGCGGCAGCAGCAGCUGGUGCCCAGCCAACUGAUAUCCUCCCUGCCGAACACUGGGCCGAGCAAGAGCUUCCCCGUGAAGACGAUAACGACUCCUCCCUCGGCGACGGCGGCGGCAGCUCGACGGCGUCCCUGUCGGCCAGCAUCCUCGAGUACCGCACCAUCUACGGACGGACAUUUCACAGCGACAAGAGCACAGACGCACAGUACUGGACGCCCAACGACGAGAAGCAAAAUGAGUCCAUGGACAUCAACCACCACCUCCUGACGCUCGUGCUGGGCGGGAAGCUCUUUCGCGCACCGCUCAAGGACGACGAGAUCAAUUCUGUCAUUGACGUUGGGACCGGGACUGGUCUCUGGGCAAUGUAAACACGCCUCACCCCCAUCGCAGAACCGAGAAGCCGCCAACCAACUAACCUGCCGCGCAGCGACUUCGCCGACCAGCACCCACAAGCCUCGGUUGUCGGAACCGAC